GAAAAUUCUGAAUCCUGCAGGCUUUCCUCUGCUGCCUUGUGAAAAAUGGACCAGCACUCUUUAUUUCUCAUAAAGACAGCUAGAAACAGAGCCGCAUGCUCUGGGGACACCCCAGAUUCAGUCAGAUCCUGCCCCACAACAGCCUUCCACAGACAGGGCUGCUCACAAACCCUUCUCCCACAGGCUUUCCUCAGCAAUGCCAGAAUUACACAGCUGCCACCCUCCAGAACGAAACGACCCAGGGGAUCUGCUCCAAGACACCUUGCAGCCGGUCCUGAACAACGUGAAAGCUCUGCCUUGGGGCAUGGCUUACGAGAUACUGUCACAAGGAAGGACUGACAGGAGAUGAAGAGCAGCAGGGAGUAAAAAAAAAGAAGAAGAAUUAGAAGAAAGCCACCGCUCAGGGACCGAGUGUGUCCCCACACACACCUGGGGCCCGCCCCCGCCCCGCCCCGCACAGCUCAGCCCUCAUAAAGCGCCUCGCCGCCAACAGCACCCGCAGCCCGGCUCGGCUCGGCUCCUCAGCCCGGUUCGGCCCAGCACAGCCCAGUUUGGCCCGGUUCGGCACGAUGGAGACGGGCGGGUGCCGGAUGAGCGGCGCGGAGCCGGGCGGCCCGGCCGUGAUCACGCUGGAGGAGCUGGACGGCAUGGCGGAGGAGAGCCCCGACUCGGCGUACCACAGCCACGGCAGCAGCCUGGAGGAGGAGGCGGCCGAGCGGAUGGAGGACGAGGAGCAGGAGCGGCUGCUCAGCUACUGGCAGAGCGUGGGCAGGGGGCACCAGGUGGACGUGCCCCGCGACAUGGCAGAGCCGAUUCAGCAGCUGACCAGAAAUAACAGCCCCCAGGAGAGGCAGACCAUCCCUUUUACUCUGAUCCAGCGCAAAGAAAAGCUUGGAGACCUGCUUUAUGAAAAACGUCAGUAUGGAAAAGCCAAGUGGGCUUGUAUAAAAAUGAAAGAAAAACAGUAUGAACAGAGCAUUUGUCUUGGAUUCAUGAAGCUUAUGAGGUACAUUUGUGAGCAGAAUUCCUCAGGGCUGUACCUGGGGAUAACAAUCCCCAUCGUCACCAUAGUACACACGAAUGAGUCUCAGUCGGAGAUGACGCAGUCGGUGACGGUAGCGUACUACCUGCCCGAAGUGCUGCAGGACCAGCCACCUCAUCCCUUUGACUCUGACAUAAUCAUUGAAGAAUGGCCUUCUACUAUUGUUUAUAGCAGGAGCUUCAGAGGAAUCACCAAUGAAGACUCUAUAAUGAGAGAAAUAAACCUGCUGGCGGAAAUUCUGGAGAGCCCAGAGUUAUGUUUGCAGGAUACGUUCAUCAUUGCAGGAUACACAAACCCAGCUGCUGCUAAUCGACACAAUGAGAUCUGGUUCCUCCAAAGACCGUAGCUGCCCGUUUCUGAUGCCUGUCUGUUACAAGAAUCAGCUCUGAUUUACUGGCAGAAUUUUACAAGUGAAUUGUGUGAGACUAGAUGUCAAACCCUUGAGGAAAUCUAAAAACGUGGCUUUAGCCAGCUUAGCAAGGCAAUCACUCCAACUUACUAAGCAAACAGAGCUAACAUAUGAAACCAGUUCUAAAUAAUUCUUAUGGAAAUUUUAGCACUGUAAAAAUGAGAAAAAUUAGUUCACCUUUUCUUCCCCACUUCCCCCUAAGAUAAGGGAGGCAGAGCCCUCUCCCCUCACCCACUUAUUAGCAUCUCUGCUGGGGCUUGGGACUGUCCUAACGGAGCUCCUGGAGCCCCUGUCCUGGCUUGCUCUGGGCACUUAGUGCUGUACCAGCUACAGAAAGGCACUGCUGGGGCUUUCGAUGGGACAUGCAUUAAAACCAAUUCUCACACGCAGACUAUGCUUGAGAAAAAAGAAUUUCUGGGUCUUUAUUUCUGAAGACAAUUACCAGAGUUAGACCGCCAGGAUUAAACCAAGGAACAAGACUAGGCCAAUGCUGACCAGCUUUGUUCUUAUCUCUGGUGGAGCAGAGAUGCUCAAUGCUUAAUGCAUUACCUCACCAAGCAUUCAACCAAAGUACUUUAGACCCUGAGAAGAGACCAAGGCAGCAGAAUAGUGCUUAGGCUCACUGAUGUUUUGGUAGGAAAGUUACAGCUCACCUUAAUCACCCACUUGCAGUAACCCCAUGACAAAUGUGUCAUUCCCAAACAGAAAGUGGUUCAUUUCAGCUCCAGCUUUCUGAACACUUUAUCUUAAGUCUUUACUCCGGCAGCAGUGUUUUUAACAUUCAGCAAUCUGUUCACUACAUUUUAUGUUCUUAUGGCAGUGUUACACUGCUGAAGUUAGAAAUGCUGCCAGUAUUUCUCUUAGCACAGAACCACGUAAACUAACUACACAGCCCCAAUGCUCACCUGGCCCAGCCCUCUGCUGGAGGGGCCAGCACCCAUGGGGCUGCUCAGGGCCUCGUGCAGCCCGGCGUUCAGCACCUCCCGGGAUGAGGCUCCCCCAGCCCCUCUGGGCCCUGUUCCAGUAUUUGACCACCCUCACUGUGAGCAUUUCUCUUCCUAAUUCCUAAUUUUCCAUGCUGCAGCUCAUUUCCUUUGCCUUCACCCACAUAGUGAGUCUCAAAGCAGCGCCCAGUGCACUGGGACUCGAAGCCCAGCCCGCACAGCUCCAACGCCCCGUGUUUGAGCAGCACGCAGGCUUUGCUACGCACCAGUUAGGGAGCACCCAACGCACUUUAGAAUCGAGUUAGCAAACAGGUUUGCUCUCAGAAAUCCCUUCCAUGUCUCCCCUUAGAGAUAUGAUAAUAGAGCUUAAUCUUAAUCUAAGUAAAUGACUUUUUAUAUAAAAUUGAAUGGAGUAUAUCCCCAGGGUCACGUAUCAACUACUUGAGCUUUUGUGUUCUCCAGUUGCAACACACAACACAACCAGAGCCUCUGCCUGAGCACUUAUGGCAGUGGUUGUUAAUUGGCAGAGGGGAUUGAUGCGGUACUUCUGAAUAAACGAACAGGUCCCAAGACCUUUAAGCCUGAUGUUUCUGCAGGGCUCUGUGCUGCACAACACUGACUUUAUGUUAACCUGAAACAUGCAGCAGGUCCUGGGGGGGUGGCUGGGAGCUGCUGAUGGCACUUCAGUGUGAGCACGGUGCCCUCGGGUGGCUGCUGCCUGCAGAGACCAGGGAGAUGCAAGUGGGGGAAAUAAAUAAGGAGAGAAAAGCCUUACUUUGAACCGACAGUGCUGGGGGCCCCGUCCUCACCCCCUUCUCCUCAAUCUCCUACUGCCCCAGCUGUUCAGCCUGCCCUAGCCCAGCACAGACAGGUGUUAUUACAGACAGACUGUGAUUAGAGUGAUUGGGAGGCUGGGGGCAGUUGGCAGGGCAAAACCUCAGAAAAGGCCGUGGGUUUGGGGUCCUCCUUCCAGCCAGAGACCUACAGAGCCUGGUUUGCCCAGCAGGCACCCCAAGCUGCCAGGUGACAGCACCAGUGCUUGUGCCAGCGGUGGCCCAGCUGGGAGCAGUUUGAUGCACCAGGUUAAUGCACAUCCAAGCACCUCUUACCCAGCAGGGUGAGGUGCUGAAAGUGCCUCUCGUAUCUCUUACUGCUCUCAGCUUGUUCAAGGUACAGGGUCACAACCAGGGGAAAAAAAAAUCAGACUUGCUUUUCCAUAUGUGGAACCGUGCCCUGUUUCAGUACCCCUAACGUUAGGGACCAGCUAGAGAAGGCAUUUUAUCUCUGACUUUUAUUUAUUGUCAACAUCUCGCAUUGCUGGAACUGCCAGCCACUAUUUAAAGUGGAAGUUAACAAACUAAUGGAAAAUAAGAGAAACUUUUCUAAAGCUGACUUGUGUAGAAGGUCCAGAGCAGCAUUAAUGACAGGUUUUGUUUUGCCCACUUCUCCCUAUGCCCUCACCCCUCCAACAAUUUUUAUAUAGGGGCAAGUAAAAACAGAUUUUCUACUCUUACAAGAUUUUACAUCAAAGGAAAGAGGCUUCUGCAAUUUGAUUGCUUUUGCUGAUUAUAGAAAUUAUUUUAGUACAAACAUAAAACAUCUGCUGGAAGCAGUUCAAUUCUCUCACCAGAAAUAUCAGUUUUUAAAUGUAAAAUUAUGUACAAAGUCUAUUGAAAAAGUGUUUGCUACAUGGUAUGUCUAUUUCCAUAGAGAAUCUUCACCUAAAUACUUCUGCAGCUCAGUUACCUGUGAGUACGUAAUAGAAACCCGCCUGUUACUAAAGCACAAACCCAAGGUACUUCUUGGAACGUGCUGAUAUCCAAACAGCAAGCGCUCAGUGUUUUAUGUAAAACUGUGAAUUCCAGAUAGCACCUAUUUUGACUUGUGUUAGGCUGCUUCUGCUGCUGAGAAAGAACCAAUUAAUCUUUAGUUUGAAGAUACACUUUAUGGCCAUGGAACACGACCAGCUUCUGCAACCAGCCCUCACAAAGUACAGCAGGUUUCCAUUCACACAAUAAAGUUUGCCUGAUAGUUACACCCAUGAAUGCCAAGGAAGUGUUAAUUACUGAAAUAGAUCAUUUUAGAAAGUUUGAAAACCUUAUGUCAAACAUAAUUACCUAACUCCUGCUAUUGGCAUAGGUAUUUUAUUACUCACCUGUGGCUCUGCUUUGUAAGCCAUUAAAGGAUUUCCAUUUUUAAUUUGAAUUAUUUGAUUUCUACUAUUCAAAAGAGAUAAUAAAACAGAACUCAAACAUAUUUUUGAAGAUUAAAUGCUGUAGCCUUAACAGAUAAACGUUGUCCUGCAUACUGUGUAUUUUUCAAACAAGCAUUAGUGCCUAAAAAGUUUAUUCCAGCUAUUGUGAUACUCAGGACCUUGCUUAUUGUAUGUAUGCAAAUAUAAGCAUAAAUAUAAUUUCUCUGGCAUUGCUGAGUUGUGCAGCUUUACACUGCCCUUUAUUUUCACUUAAAUGUUGUCUUGUUUACUGUUACUGUUGUCAAAAUUAAAGAUAAUGAUUUUAUUGUG